UUUGACUUCCUCAAAACAUCGAUUAUGAGAAGCUUCAAGGACAAGCAGUUCCUCCAAGGCUCCAAGUUUCUACAGGACUUAGCUCCUCAGCGCUAUGAUAUAUCUGCUGUGUUUUUAGAAGUUGUAGCGAACAGUGUAUUUGGCUGGGAUCAUGUGACACAGGGCCUGGUGGGUCUGGGAUUUAUCCUGAUGGACUCCUAUGGGCCGAAAAGACCCUUUGGGGGCAAAGGCAUGGAAACUAACCAUGGUCUUUCCAAAACUCCAGCUCAGCAAUCGUGCAAGUUAGGAGCUGAUAUCCUAUUGGAAGCAUUCAAGGUGCAUGAGCUAAUAAGAAGUGAAAUACUGGAACAGGUCCUGAACAGAGUCAUCACAACUGCAGGUUCCUCCGUCAGCCACUUUAUAGAUCUUUUGUCCAGCAUUGUAAUGUCUGCUCCCCUUGUCCUUCAAAGCUCGUCCUCCAAAGUUGCAGAGGCUUUUGAUCAUUUGUCAUUCCUGCCUCUUGAUACAGUGCAAGGGCUCCUUAAAGCUGUGCAGGUAAUGCGGUUUUGUUUUAUAGAUGUGUAUCAGUCAAGCACUGAGGCGGUAGGAGUUUUCCCAUUGGCUCCUGUGCAGCAGAGGAGCUCUGUGAUUGGCCUGGCGCAGGGCGGGCGACCAAGCCUCCUCCCAGCUGUUAUCCCGUCAGCCAAUCACCUGUGA